UUUGUUGACGUUGGUCAAAAGUGCGCAACGUGUUCUAUUGCUUGGCGGGGGGGCAGCAGGCCUGUCUGUGAUAGAGAGAGAGAUAGAGAGAGGGACUUGGUCAAGUUUUUGUUUAUUUUCGAUUCAAAGUCGGUGGCCGCUUUAACCGUGUGAAAGUGCAGCUUGAUUAAAUUGACGCUAAUAACAAUAGCAAUUUACUCCCUAAUCAUCACAAUGAACGAUUUUGGGAAAUUUGUCAAAACGCAUGGCCCGAGGCUGGCGCCCUUUGUGGCCACCCUGAUACUGUACUUCUCGCUGGUGCGCCAGGAUCCCCAAGGAGAGCUAUGGACCACAGUGCUCAAGUGUUUGCCCAUUGUGGCCUUGAUGUUUUAUGUGGUGGCUAAUGGGUUCUCGCUUAAAAAGGACUACCGCCGAUCGCUCUGGAUACUUCUUGGUCUGGUCUUCUCCUGCGGUGGCGAUGCCCUGCUCAAUGUCAACCUCUUUCCCUUUGGAAUGGUCAGCUUUGGGGUGGCCCAUGUGUUCUACAUCUGCGCCUUUGGCUGGAAGCCACUCAAGUGGCCCAUCGGACUGGCUCUCUAUGUGGCCGUGUCGCUGUUUGUGUACUUUGUGCACCAGAAACUGGACGAGAUACUCAUCAUUGGAGUCCCCAUCUACUGUUACCUGAUCACCACCAUGCUGUGGCGCGCCCUGGCCCGGGCUGUGGAUGCCAAGAAUUUCCUCGCCAUUUUCUGCGCCGUGGGAGCCGUUCUGUUCGUCGUUUCAGAUGCCCUGAUCGCCGUCACCAUGUUCGUGGGCGUGCCCCUGCCCUGUCCCCGGCUGCAGAUCAUGAUCACCUACUACGCUGCCCAGUUCGCCAUCGCGCUGAGCACUGCGGACGACGGGCCGCAGUCCUUUCGGUCCUAUCGCAGGAAAAUCAAGUAAUAGCAGCCCAGAAUGCUCCACUGAGGAUGGAACCCAGUGAAAAACAACGCAACCACCAAAAUUAGUACUUCCAAAAUACUAGAGUAAUGCCAUUUACGCGCGCCUCUUCCGCAUCCCUGUAGUUUAGUCUAAGCCAAAUAUAUUGUUGGAGUUGGAUGCGGAGGGAGCGGAUCUUCGUAGAGUUAGUAGAUGUUUCUUGACUUUUCAACUAAUAUAGAUACUAUUAAUUGUA